AACCGAACGCUAAAGCCACACAGAAGAGAGGGGGGGAAGAUAGAGUUAGCAGGUGCAGCGAAGAACGAGAGAUGGCAAUGGCGAUGGCACUCCGCAGGCUCUCGUCUUCCGUGAGGAAACCGAUUCCGCUUCCCUUUCGUGAAGGAUCCCUCUACUACAUGUCUUCUUUGCCGAAUGAAGCUGUUUAUGAGAAGGAGAGAUCUCGUGUUACGUGGACGAAGCAGUUGAAUACUCCGCUGGAGAUUGUCGAUCCAGAGAUUGCCAAUAUUAUCGAGCUUGAGAAAGCAAGGCAAUGGAAGGGACUUGAACUCAUACCUUCGGAGAAUUUCACUUCUGUCUCCGUGAUGGAAGCAGUUGGGUCCAUCAUGACCAAUAAAUACAGUGAAGGAUAUCCCGGUGCCAGAUAUUAUGGAGGAAACGAGUACAUUGACAUGGCCGAGUCCUUGUGUCAGAAGCGUGCCUUGGAAGCUUUCAGGUUGGAUCCUGCAAAAUGGGGAGUGAAUGUUCAACCAUUGUCGGGCUCACCUGCUAAUUUUCAAGUUUACACUGCACUUUUGAAGCCUCACGAGAGAAUCAUGGCGCUUGAUCUUCCUCAUGGUGGGCAUCUGUCCCAUGGCUAUCAGACUGAUACCAAGAAGAUAUCUGCUGUUUCUAUAUUUUUUGAGACAAUGCCAUAUAGAUUGAAUGAAAGCACGGGGUACAUUGACUACGACCAGAUGGAGAAGAGCGCUGCUCUCUUCAGGCCCAAAUUAAUGGUUGCUGGUGCUAGUGCUUAUGCACGCCUUUACGACUAUGCAUGGAUGCGCAAGGUCUGUAAUAAGCAGAAAGCUAUUCUGUUAGCAGAUAUGGCACAUAUUAGUGGAUUAGUUGCAGCUGGUGUCAUUCCAUCACCUUUUGAAUAUGCAGACAUAGUGACAACUACAACACACAAAUCACUACGUGGGCCACGUGGAGCCAUGAUCUUCUUUAGGAAGGGAGUGAAAGAGAUCAACAAACAAGGCCAAGAGGUCAUGUAUGAUUAUGAAGACAAGAUCAAUCAGGCUGUCUUUCCAGGGCUUCAAGGUGGUCCACACAAUCAUACAAUUACAGGGUUAGCAGUUGCAUUGAAACAGGCAACAACUCCAGAGUACAAAUCCUACCAAGAGCAGGUUCUCAGUAAUUGCUCAAGAUUCGCCGAGAGUUUAAUAGAGAAGGGCUUUGAUCUUGUCUCUGGUGGAACUGAAAACCAUUUGGUCUUGGUGAAUCUUAAAAACAAGGGUAUUGAUGGUUCCAGAGUUGAAAAGGUUUUGGAAUUGGUUCACAUUGCAGCCAACAAGAAUACCGUUCCUGGGGAUGUGUCUGCCAUGGUCCCUGGUGGAAUUCGGAUGGGAACCCCAGCCCUUACAUCAAGAGGAUUUGUUGAAGAGGAUUUUGCCAAAGUAGCUGAGUAUUUUGACAGUGCUGUGAAGUUGGCAUUGAAGAUCAAGUCUGAAACCAAAGGGACUAAGGUGAAGGACUUCAUGGCUACAAUCCAGACCCGUGAUGAUAUCCAAUCUGAAAUUUCAAAGCUCCGUCAUGAGGUUGAAGAAUAUGCAAAACAGUUUCCCACAAUUGGGUUUGAGAAAGAAACAAUGAAGUACAAAAACUGAGGGAAAUAGAAAGUAUCUUAUUCAAUGAGGGACCAACUUUCUUUUCCUACAAAUAACAAAAUUUGAGGAUAAUAAAGGCUAUACGUUGGAAAUAAUCUCAGGCUUGACCAUUUUUUUUUAAUGCCAUUAAGGAUGCUGCUAUAUUGGAAAAGAACAGUGUAUUGUCCUAUGUUUAUAUGAAAUUGUAAAGAACAUUCAUAAUCAAGAAAAUUCAGAAUCGUGGUUACACAGAAUGCAUUUCUCACUGUAUCAUUCUUAUUUCUGCAGAACAUUGAAAUGGCAGUGGAAACUGUAACUCAAAGGCCUCUUGAAUUAGUGAAAGCGGUU